AUGUCAUCAACACCUUCCAGCCCCCUCGACCCCCAUGGGCCUCUCACCGACCAACAGAGCCGCGAUGCCUAUAUGAAUGCUCGUCGGCAGCUGCCAAGGGAAAUCCCUCCAGCAACUGAGCAGCUUCGCCCAGCUAGACGGGAGCAAAUAGAUCUGUCGCACCUUAACCUGAGCGAUAUCCCACUGCCAGGCGCGACGAGUCAUGAACCACCCAUGACUCCGAUCUCAAGGUGGCUCCGCAAUAUUGAGCCGCUGUCCCCAACAACCGACUUAGCGCUCCGGACUGAAUCUUACUCGAGUCCUGAGAGCGACGGGUCGAUGGACACUGCCUCCACCUCGUCGGUUGUCGCUGACCGCAACCAACAGAGCCCUACCCGGAUCAUCGCAUUCACUCGCGAAGGGCUCUUCAUUCCCGAGGGCAUCAGCCCCACAAACGCCCGCCACCGACCCGCCGACAUCCAUCCGAUCGCCGGGCCAAGCAACGCACGGAUGGUUUCGCCAAGUCCAGCGGCGAAUUCAGACAGCGACAGCCCGGUGCUUUCGUCAAGUCCGGCGAAGAAGUCUUCGAACAGCGCCGGAAUGGUUUCGUCCAGUCCGACGAAGAAGACGGUGAAGGUUAAUGGGAAGGGAAAGGCCCCCGGCCGAUCGGACGGUAAGAAGAAACACGGUGUUCCGACCGCUAAUCUCCCACGUCGACCUGUGGUCAAAAUCCCCAAGAGCAUGGCUUCGCUCAGGAAAGGGCCCAGCCAGCAAAUCAUAGGCUCUUUCCCCUUCCACCCGUUCUUCCCUCCAUCCUUCCCAACAACCUAUCUACUGCUGUCCGGUAUGUGGCUUCCGAUGUGA